AUGAUUGAAAGUUUUGCAAUAAAGAAGUUUAUAAUUAAUUAUUUCAUUGAGCAUAGCCAGGAAGAUAUUGAUAAGAUGGUAUUGAACAUACAUAGGCAUCUUUUGAGGGGAUUCUUGAUGAAUGAGGUGGUAUACAACAUGAAGUCUGGAGAGUAUGGCCGUAUUUCAAGGGUGGGUGGUGCCAGAUAUGGUGUGGUAAUUCAGUCGAAAGAUGGGGGGCAUGAAAAGGAUUGCCACUUUUCGGAUCUGGCAAGAAGAGAUGAAGUGAGUGCAAGUGGAGUUAAAGGAUAUUUGCUUGGGAUAACGAUGGAGACGCCCUUUGGAAGGGUCUUAAAGGAGAAUGCAUUCGGAAGCAUAAAGGACUCUUCAGGGGUGAUGAAAUGCAAGGUGCCCCAAAACCAAUGCUAUGAGGGAACACGACCACUCAGGGAUUCUCAGAAGUCCUUAGAUAGAGAGAAGACCCAAGGAAUGUGGCCUAGUGCAGAAAAUGCAGGAGAUAGAGGCGCAAUGGAGAGACAAGAUGAUAAGGCUAAUGCAGUGGAAGUUGAGAAGAACGGACUAACUGAGGAUAUUGAUAUAGACUCGAUCCUGAAGCUGAGAGAUGAUCAGAUAUUGAGGAUUCCAGGGCUUGAAAGGCCGGAUAUUGAAUCGACGAUGAAGAUCCUUGGUGUGCUGGUAGGCUUUAGAUCCUUCUUUGAUAUAGAAAGGAUAGAUGUGAAGGAGCUGGCGGGGGUUAUUAUUGAUCCUUUAUAUGAAUCGGAUAUUGUCUGCAAAACUCAUGAAAGGUUAAUUGAGAUGCUAAAAGCAGAGAUCGAUAACAUAGGAAUGGAUGUUUUUAUAGAGAAUUCCAAGCCUUGCAUAGCAUUAGUCUUUGAAUGUGUAUGUUCCUCAAAAGAUAAGAAACAGGAUGAUCUUGAAAGUAUUGAAGAGCCUCGCCAAGUUCUUGAAAAAAAACAGUGGAAGGCCGAUUUGGAGAAGUUUAUUAAGGAGACUUCUUCUCAAGCUGGGAUAGAUAUUUCCCACAUUGUGCCCUGUAUCUUCGCAAAGGAUCGUCCAUUAAGCAAAGAGGAGAUAAGAAGUAGGCUUGUGCUACUUGAACUAUUAUUGAACAUGUUCUUUACGACUGAGCCUUUUAGAGAGGUUGUAUCUGAGAAGAUGGAAACGUCAAAAGAACUUGAGAGGAGAAAAAGAGAACUACAGGCUAGACUUAGAAAGCCGAUCCUGGCUUUGGACAGUGAGGCUUCUCUAGAUACUGAUAAAAGAUCCGAAGUAAAGAAAGAGCUUAUAGAUACAAUGGAGAAGAUAUUUCAAUUACCCACAAAUAUCAGAAUUGGAGAAAUCGACGGAAUCAGGUUUCUGAAUCUCAACAGGAAGAUCUAUGCAGCUAAAGAAAGAGAUUACUACCUAAUGAGUAGGGAUGCGCUGCUUAGACUAUGCAAGAAGUACAAUGACAGAAGUAAGAGUAAGAGGAAUGUACUGGUAAGCAUAGAACAGUAUAUGGAGAUUCUGCAGAACCCGCUCUGA